UAGAUGUACCGAGCACAGUUUCGUCGGUGAUGAACAUAUUUAAAACUGGACUGAGCUUUAUCGGCGACGGGCCGUCUGCCGUUGACGCUCUCCCCGCAACCGAGCGGAGGGUCUCCGAUGUAUACAAACAAAACGCACCGAGUUGGUUUUAAGGUGGCGCGUCAUCAGCCUGCGUCGUAAACAGCUGCGUCUGUCUGGUUGUUUGGCCGUUCGUUCCCUCGCCUCGUCCGGCCUUUCGCUCCAAGUUAGUGCAGAACAACAACAACAAAAAUGGGACUCUCUGCAAAGCGUCAUUAAGGAGCUCGUGCUCCGACCCGAACCGCUGCGUGCGAACAUGAGAGAAGAAGGUGGUUUGUCGUCACGAAGGCUGCCUAUGGCAAGUGGACCAGGGGGGGAACUUUCCGGCAGCCCCUACUUGACCGAGGAGAAAGCGACGCCAAGCAAGGAGGGCGACCUGCUGCCCGCUUGCCACUUGCACAAAUCCGAGUAAGAAGAAGAAGAAGAAAGAAGAAGAAGAAAGCCCCGGCUUGCAGAGAUGGAGACGGUGGGGAAAUUUGAGUUCAGUCGAAAAGACUUAAUCGGACAUGGCGCAUUUGCCGUCGUGUACAAAGGCAGGAACAGGGAGAAACAUGACUGGGAGGUGGCGGUGAAGUGUAUCAACAAGAAGAACCUUGCCAAAUCCCAGACAUUAUUGGGGAAAGAGAUCAAAAUACUUAAGGAACUGAAACAUGAGAACAUUGUAGCACUGCUGGACUUUCAGGAAACUGCCAGCUCAGUGUACCUGGUCAUGGAGUAUUGCAACGGUGGCGACCUGGCGGACUAUUUACACUCUAAAGGCACUCUGAGUGAGGAUACUAUUCGGGUUUUCCUGCAGCAGAUCGCCGGGGCCAUGAGGGUCCUACAAGCCAAAGGCAUUAUCCACAGAGACCUUAAACCACAGAACAUCCUGCUGUCCUACCCGCCAGGACGCAAGUCCCACUCCAACAACACCUGCAUCAAGAUAGCUGACUUUGGCUUUGCUAGGUAUCUCCAGAACAACAUGAUGGCGGCCACUCUCUGUGGGUCUCCCAUGUACAUGGCCCCUGAAGUCAUCAUGUCGCAGAACUACGAUGCCAAAGCUGACCUGUGGAGUAUAGGAACCAUAGUGUUCCAGUGUCUAACUGGGAAGGCACCUUUUCAGGCCAGCAGUCCACAGGACCUCCGCCAAUUCUAUGAGAAAAAUAAGAAUCUCAGCCCAAACAUCCCCAGAGAAACUUCGUGCCAUCUGAGACACCUGCUCAUGAGUCUGCUGCAGCGAAACCACAAGGACCGCCUGGACUUUGAUGAUUUUUUUUGUCAUCCUUUCCUGGAGGCCAGCACAUCCAUGAAAAAGACAACUCCUACCGUGACUAUGACGUGCUUUCCCAGUUCCGCAUCAGCCAGCUCUUGUAGCAGUUCUUCCACCUCUCACCUUGCCUCACCACCGCAGUCUCUCGCUGAGGUUCAGCAUCUGCAUGCCAAACCAUUGGCCUCCCCAACCCAGGAGGCCACUGGUUUCCUACUCAAGGACUCAUCUGGAGGAGGUGGCAGCAGCAAGAACUCCUCCUCCUGUGAUACAGAUGACUUUGUCAUGGUGCCUGCUCACUUUCCCACAGGGGAGCUGAUCUCUGAGAGCAAAGUGCUGCAGGACAGCCUAAUGAACAGUGGCUCUCUACUGAACUCGGCUGGUCUGUGUACUCAAACCAAGUCCCCGCCGCACUCACCAUCCUACAGCGGCUCUCCGAACCCUAUCAGGCCCAGUGAGAUCUCAGCAAGUAACGUCAGUGGUAAUUAUGGCCAGUCUGUGCCUAUCCCAGUCCCCACUCAGGUCCAUAAUUAUCAGCGGAUAGAGCAGAACCUCAGUUCCCCCAAACAGGACAGCUCGCCACGCAGUGGAGGCUCGCUGGUCAAGGCAGGACCUUCACCUCCCUACAGCCAGGGAGCAGCUCCUACCCCCCGCAGGCUGUCCCUAGGAGGAGCCAGACCAUUUCAGCACCCCCCUCAAGUUCUUCACUACGCUGACCCCCGACCACCCUCACAGCAGCAGGCAACAGGACUAGGCACUCGACUCCACAGUGCUCCCUGUCUGUUGGAGUGUGCCGGUGGUGGCAGCAGGCAAAAGAUCAGGAAGCAGCACUCAGAUCCAGUGGUGACGCACCAGGCUGGCAUGAUGGCUGUCCGCCCACUGCACUCCUCCCCGAGGCUCAGUGAGCUGAUGCAACGUAGUCCCCUUCCCACAAUCCUCGGCUCUCCUUCCAGGACCAUUCCUCCCUUUGAGUUUCCUAAGCCUCCCAGCUCCCCGAACCUGAUGACCCUCCUCACACAGCAAGGUUUGGUCCUUGGCUCGCCCGGCAGCAGGACUGCCGCUCCAGAGCCCAGAGACCCGGGGCCACCGGUUCUCAUGAAGGCCAACCAGUCGGCUCAGUGCAUCCAUAGACUAAAUGAGAACGCCAAGGCAUUUGGAAGGUCUCAGAGUGCGGGGCGUCUUUCUGACAUGCUGCUGAUGGCGGCGUUCGGAGCAGGUGGACCCAUGGGCGAGCGGGGCAGCACGGAAAACCUUACCUCUGACAGAGCCAUAGACAUAACAGCGCCCCUAAGUGGCGGAGGAUGCAUAUUAGCAGGCUCCAGCAGUCCAGCACAGGUGGUUUUCACCGUGGGCUCCCCACCCAGUGGCAGCACCCCACCUCAGACCUCCAGACACAGGAAGUGCUCAGGCUCUUCCAGCUCCAUCAGCCCAGCCGGCUCCUUCAAUAGUCGUUACCCCCAGACCACUGGCACCUAUCUGGAUGGCUUUGAGGCCACCUCCAGUCCCCGCUACAGCUUCACAGACCCCAUCACGGUCAACAUGGGGGGACCUGUAACCUUCGAGGCCCCUGAGCUGCCUGAAGAAACACUAAUGGAGCAGGAGCACACAGACACUUUGCAGAGCCUACGAUUCACAUUGGACUUUACCUGCUGUUUGAUGGAAGUGGCGGGGGCCCGGGGGACUGGCGCCGGGGCUUUGGUGGAGCAGGGGGACCCCUCUCUCCUUCAGCAACAGAGUCUGGUGGCAGACCAGAUCAGCUCCUUCAGCCGAGAGUGGAGUCAUGCAGAACAGCUGGUCCUCUACCUUAAGACUGCAGAGCUCUUGUCCACAGCCUUACACACAGCCAUGGAGCGAGUGAAACAGGGCAAACUCUACCCUUCCUCUACCGUCAAACAAGUGGUUAGGAGACUAAAUGAGCUGUACAAGACAAGUGUGGCCUCCUGUCGCUCCCUCAAUGCCCGUCUGGAGCGCUUCUUCACCAGGAAGCACCGCCUAAUGGAUCACAUCACCUCCAUCACCGCUGAGAGACUGCUCUUCAGUCACACUGUGCAGAUGGUUCAGGCGGCUGCACUGGAUGAGAUGUUCCACCAGGGAGAAGCAUCAGUGUUGCGCUACCAUAAGGCUCUGCUGCUGAUGGAGGGCCUGUCAUCUCUGCUCACCGAACAGGAUGACAUCAUCAGUGUGAGCAAAUGUAAAGAGUGCAUUGAGCGUCGCCUCACUGCACUUCAGUCAGGCCUUUCUGUUUGAGGGUCCUACACGGCAGACUGGGUUGUUGCUAUGAUGUCAGUCAUCUCCCACGUGGUCAUUCCCAUUCAGCCCAACCACCACCAUGUAAUGCUUUGGUUUUCAAUGGGGUUUGGUCUGAAAUCUGCAAGGUUUUAAGGAUUUGGGUCCUUGGUUGUCAGACUGCCCCAACGCUAAUCGUGGACCAGAGGACGUGAAGUAUUUGUGCAUAGGAGAAUGUCUGCAUUCUCUCAUAUGUGAAGGGGGCCCUGCGCCCUGAUUUGAAAAUGGCACCUUUAGCUAAUAACUUUAAAGUGGGAUCCCCUCACUGUCAGCGAUGCAUCCUGGAGCAAUCACCAUCACUCAGUUUAACAGACCCAAUGCAAAUGCAUAUAGCCAAGUAUUCAGAUAGACAUACACUAUCAUACCAUCUGACUACACACAACUGGAUAGCCACAUAGCCAAGUGCACAUAUACCGAUAUACAACUAAUCACAAACACGCGCUGCUCCAGGGGUUGCACAGACUUGUCGACUUUACUGCUCUGUGACGACGCUUUAAGCUUGACGUCAACCAGUCGCUGAUCACAUGAUUAUGACAUUAGCAACAACGCCUCAGAGAGGACAACCGGUGUGGGGGCAUCUGGGUAGCGUAGCGGUCUAUUCCGUUGCCUACCAACACGGGGAUCACCAGUUUGAAUACCCGUGUUACCUUCGGCUUGGUCGGGUGUCCCUACAGACACAAUUGGCCAGAAGUGUGUAUGUGUUCUGGUCGCUGCACUAGCGCCUCCUCUGGUCUGUCGGGGUGCAUGUUCAGGAGGGGGAACUGGGGGGAAUAGUGCGUCUGGCGACUCCACAUGUAUCAGAGGAGGCAUGUGGUAGUCUGCAGCCCUCCCCGGCUCAGCAGAGGGGGUGGAGCAGCACCCGGGAUGGCUAGGAAGAGCGGGGUAAUUGACCAAGUACAAUCGGGGAGAAAAAGGGGAGGAAAAUCCAUCCAUCCAUCCAUUAUCCAAACCGCUUAUCCUGCUCUCAGGGUCGCGGGGAGGCUGGAGCCUAUCCCAGCAGUCAUUGGGCGGCAGGCGAGUACACACCCUGGACAGUCUGCCAGACCAUCACAGGGCCGACACACACACAUUCACACCUAGGGACAAUUUAGUACAGCCGAUUCACCUGACCUACAUGUCUUUGGACUGUGGGAGGAAACCGGAGCCCCCGGAGGCAAAAGAAAAAAAGCUGCUAAUACAGAUCGUCACUUGUUGCAAAGCAGUCACUUCUCCUGUGGUUUUAUUCAUGAUGUCAUCAGCGAUUAGUCAAGGUCAACUCGGCUUUCAUCACAAAAACAGUCGGCUUAAACAAAUCUGAAGUCAUGCAACCCCUAGUGUGCACACACACACAUUCAAACACAAAUCCAGCUUUUAAAGAUGGAAGAACGCAAACCUUUGGCAUUGACAUUUUUUAACUCAACUGGGAAAGUGUUGGUCUGUUAUUGAAAUCCGUUGCUGGGAAUAUGGAUCUACCCACAGUAGGAUGUCAGCAGUUGUUUUUUUGUUUUUUUUAAUGAAGACCAGUAAUAUUCAUGGUAUUCCCAGGUCACUUCCUCAUCAGAUGAUGCUUCUCUAAUACUUCCCAUCACUCGUGAACAGUAAUCUAAAGACAGCAAACAUAACUUCUACAAGGAUUUUCUUCCCCCACAUUUUCAUUAGCAAUUAGAAGGAUGGAAAUAUGCUGCUGAACUGACACGUUCCUUACAAUAGCCCUUAAUCAACGAUAUACUGCUUUAUCAAAUGUGAUGUGCACUUGGGGUGUGACUGUCUUGAACCAGGAGGACUUUGUGAAGCAUCUCUGCCAAAAGGCUUUUGCUUCUGAAUACAGUAUCAGACAGGAAAUGGGUCCGGAUCACAUCAACCAAGGUGUUUGUGUUGCUGCCAGGUUGAGUGAAGAUCAAGAAUUGUAUGGCAAGAAACUGAAGCUUUUACAUGCACAGAGUUUUGGUUUGUAUUUUUGUUCACCGUUAUGUUUACGGUUCCAGGGAUGUGUGCUGCAUUUGGACUGGGCUCUCCGACCCUUAAGUCUACAUUAUAGUCAUUAUUGUUCUUUUC